AUGGUCGGGCCAUUCCAAGCUGGACGGCUGGCUGUCAUUACCGGAGGCGCUUCUGGAAUUGGCCUCUCCCUUGCGCAAAGAUGUGUCACCGCCGGUAUGCACGUCAUUGCCUGUGAUAAAGAUCAGAAAGCCAUCGACCGUGCCAAAAGUACUUUGGGGCAAGGUUUCCAAGCCAUCCAGAUGGAUGUAAGCCAGCCUGAUGACUGGGCGGCUUUGAAGGCCAUCGUGGACAAGGAUCAUUCCGGGUUGGUUAGCCUUUUGGCAUUAAAUGCGGGCAUUAAGCCCGAAUCGUCCUUUGAAAAUUUGUCGUCGUUUCAAACCACGUUCAACACAAACGUCUUUGGCGUUGUAGCGGGCAUCGAUGCGCUUCUUCCGGGUGUUAAAGCAAAUGCUGUAGCUGGAUACAAAUCUACUGUCAUCAUUACCGGUUCCAAGCAAGGUAUCACCAAUCCUCCUGGAUAUCCUGCGUACAAUGCUUCCAAGGCAGCAGUCAAAUCAAUUGCCGAGCAGUUAAGCUAUGAUCUCCGCCAUACUGAGAGGGUUUCUGUUCACCUACUUGUUCCUGGUUGGGCGUUCACUGGCAUGGGUAACAGUAACCCUAUAGAAAAGUCUCAAAAGCCUGAAGGCGCAUGGUGGCCGGAGCAGGUUGUGGAAUACAUGGAGCAGAAGAUAAACCAGGAUCAAUUCUAG